AUGCACAGAAAACCGAUUUUUACUAGCCCAUGUGUGGGAGGCAUUUUAGCAGAUGAAAUGGGUUUGGGUAAAACUUUGGAAGUAAUUGCCCUGAUUGCUACCCGUCCAUGGAUCGGAUGGUCGACUGAUGUGGGCUUGAUCAGAACACUCGAUGGACACCCAUUACCCGCCUGUAAUGAGAUGGAUGAUGCCCCUACUCCACCCAUGAUCGACGCCGAUCCCGAUGGCUUCGUGUUGCGUUCGUGUGGCAAUGUGGACGCGACGCGUGGAUUCGACUUAGUAAAAUGUACUCGCUGUGAUGGGCCGUACCAGCACGCGGCUUGUGUCCAGUAUGAACCUGAAAAGUUCUCUCCUCUCCCGGGUAAAUAUGGUUGCAUCUGUCCUCCGUGCUGCAGUAAAAUGUUCUGUCAACAAGAUCACUUGAACAAUUUAUCGCCCAUCACUCUGACUGGAACUUGUUCUCUUGGUUAUCCCACUUGGCGAAAUUUUUAUGCCAACAUGAGCUGA